CCGCUCGUGCCGGCCGGUGCAGACGACUCAACGACUGUGUCGAGUAAGGACGUUCUUCUUGUGAUCAGAGGCAGGACAGCUAAUUUCCCGUAAAAUGGCCAAUCAAAGAAAGUUUUUCGUUGGGGGCAACUGGAAGAUGAACGGCGACAAAGCUACCAUUGACGGGAUCAUUGAUUUCAUGAAGAGCCCUCUGAGUCCUAACACAGAGGUUGUUGUCGGCUGCCCGCAGUGCUAUUUGAUGUACACACGUCAGAACAUUCCAGCUAACAUUGGUGUUGCAGCUCAGAAUUGCUAUAAGGUUAGCCAAGGUGCUUUUAGUGAGAUUUCCCCAUCUAUGAUUAAGGACUGCGGUUGCGAAUGGGUCAUCCUUGGCCAUUCUGAACGUAGAAAUGUCUUUGGUGAACCAGACCAGCUCAUCAGUGAAAAAGUUGGCCAUGCCUUGGAAGCUGGUUUGAAAGUAAUUCCCUGCAUUGGUGAGAAACUGGAAGAGAGAGAAGGCAAUCGCACUGAAGAAGUUGUUUUUGCGCAAAUGAAGGCGCUGGUUCCCAACAUCAAAGACUGGACUAAUGUUGUCAUUGCUUAUGAACCUGUGUGGGCUAUUGGUACUGGCAAGACUGCAUCUCCUGAGCAGGCGCAGGAUGUCCAUGCCAAGCUGCGUCAGUGGCUCAGGGACAACGUAAAUGCCCAGGUGGCUGAUUCAUGCCGCAUUAUCUAUGGUGGCUCUGUCACUCCUGCCAAUUGUGCAGAGCUGGCAAAAAUGGCUGAUAUUGAUGGUUUCCUUGUGGGUGGUGCAUCCCUGAAACCUGACUUUGUGACCAUCAUCAAUGCUCGCGGUUAGAAAGUUCGUGGUCAGAUUAUUAUCCUUGUUACUACCAAGUGCUGGUUUUAUACAGAUGAAUAAUAUAGGUUGGAUGGUUACUAGUGGUAUAUUGUUAUGAAUGAGAUUUUUUUAUAUUUAAUAUUUGAUGUGUAAAUGAUAAAUAGUUAUUUUUUAAAUCUUGUUGAAUGAGAGAUCAUUGUUAGUGUUUAUAGAUGAAAUAUGUUUUUACAUCUAAAAAAUACUUUAAAAUGUUGUACAUUAUGCUAGUCAGGAAAUUAACAUCACUAAUGCAUCCACCUAAGACUGUUAUGACAAAAAUAGUCAUUGAAGUUUCCCAAAGUUCACUCUUGGUUGUCAUUGAGCUGCAGCCACAUAAAUGACGAGUGUUUUUGUUUCCUGAAAGGUGCCAUUAAAGUUCCUUGUAGGCAUUUGAGCUUAUCAUCCCAGAUUAUAUUGCAUAGUUUUUUAAUUUUCAUGGAAUGAAUAGUAGGGACACAAUAAAUUACUGGCUAUUUAAA